CUGCUGUGCAUUAUGGCUAAUGGUGAUAGAACCAAUACAGAGGAAUUGUUGCGAAUUAGCAGUCGCUGGACACUUACUGUACUGUACACCGUAGCUAUAAGUUUAGAUUCGAAACUGCAAAACACGCCCCAUCUUGGAUCUGUACGUCGAAUACAGAUCCGAAAUGGCGUCCAAAGCUCUUUAGUCUGUGAGCUGUAUCGGAUUUAAAGACCUGCAGGCACUUGAUACGGACAUCCCAGGCCUGUCAGUUGUUCAAGUUGAAAGAGAAACUCGGGAGUAGUGUGGGGGAUUGUACCUUUCUCCAAAUGGAGGUGGAAAACUGGAGAUAGAACAUUUUCAAACUCCGACUAUUAAAGAGUGGCCAUGGGUGACACGGACAUGGAGCUCUCGGCUCCUCAGGUGGAGGAACUUCAGCAGAGCCCCUCCCCCUCCGCCUCGCCCUCCCCCAGCCACCUCCUCCACCCGGCCAGCGCGGGGAGCAGCGACAUCCCUCGAGGCCCCAGCCCGCCCCUGGGCAUCAUCUCGGAGGGCACGGGGGAGGUGCCCGUGGUCAUCGACCCCGAGGUGGCCAAGAAGGCCUGCCAAGAGGUCCUGCAGAAGGUCAAGCUUUUGAAGGGCGAGAGCGAGGGCGUGGAGGCCGUGGCUGAGCAGGGUCUGGUCAACGGGGACGCCCAUCCGGACCCCGCAGAGGGCGGGGUGGUCAAGCCUCCCGAGAUCCGGCAGGAGCCGGAGGAGCCGCUCCCCGGCACCGUGAAGAGCGCCCGGCGCCGUCAGAAGAACAACUCCUCCAAGCAGUCCUGGCUCCUGCGGCUCUUCGAGUCCAAGCUGUUCGACGUCUCCAUGGCCAUCUCCUACCUGUACAACUCCAAGGAGCCGGGCGUGCAGGCCUACAUCGGCAACCGGCUGUUCAGCUUCCGCUACGAGGACGUGGACUUCUACCUGCCGCAGCUGCUCAACAUGUACAUCCACAUGGACGAGGACGUGGGAGACGCCAUCAAGCCCUACGUGGUGCACCGCUGCCGGCAGAGCAUCAGCUUCUCGCUGCAGUGCGCCUGGCUGCUGGGGGCGUACUCCUCCGACAUGCACAUCUCCACCCAGCGCCACUCGCGCGGCACCAAGCUGCGCAAGCUCAUCCUCUCGGACGAGCUGAAGCCGGCCAGCCAGCGGCUGCGGCGGGAGCUGCCCCCCUGCCCGCCCCCCGUGCUCAGCCACGCCCUGCCGGAGCACGGCCUCUCGCCCUCCAAGCGCACGCACCAGCGCUCCAAGUCGGACGCCACCGUCAGCAUCAGCCUCAGCAGCAACCUGAAGAGGACAGCCAGCAACCCCAAGGUGGAGAGCAGCCAGGACGAGCCCGUGCGGUUGACGCCCCAGCGGGAGUUCAUCAAGUCCCUGAUGGGCAUCGGGAAGCGCCUGGCCACGCUGCCCACCAAGGAGCAGAAGACCCAGCGGCUCAUCUCCGAGCUGUCGCUGCUCAACCACAAGCUGCCGGCCCGGGUGUGGCUGCCCACCGCCGCCUUCGACCAGCACGUCGUGCGCGUGCCCCACACCCAGGCCGUGGUGCUCAACUCCAAAGACAAGGCACCGUACCUGAUCUAUGUGGAGGUGCUGGAGUGUGAGAACUUCGAGACGUCAAACGUGCCGGUGCGGAUCCCAGAGACGCGUAUCCGCAGCACGCGCUCCGUGGAGAACCUUCCGGACUGCGGCAUCACGGCCGAGCAGCGGGCUGGGAGCUUCUCCACCGUGCCCAACUACGACAACGACGACGAGGCCUGGUCUGUGGACGACAUCGGAGAGCUGCAGGUGGAGCUCCCAGAGAUCCACACCAACAGCUGUGACAACAUCUCCCAGUUCUCUGUGGACAGCAUCACCAGCCAGGAGAGCAAGGAGCCCGUGUUCAUCGCCGCGGGCGACAUCAGGCGGCGUCUGUCGGAGCAGUUGGCUCACACCCCCACCACAUUUAAGAGGGACCCGGAGGACCCCUCAGCUGUGGCCCUCAAAGAGCCCUGGGAGGAGAAAGUCAGACGAAUUAGGGAAGGCUCCCCCUACGGUCACCUGCCGAACUGGCGUCUGCUCUCUGUCAUCGUCAAGUGUGGAGACGACCUUCGACAAGAGCUGCUGGCCUUCCAAGUGCUCAAACAACUGCAGUCGAUUUGGGAGCAGGAGCGGGUUCCCCUGUGGAUCAAGCCCUACAAGAUCCUGGUGAUCUCGUCGGACAGCGGCAUGAUCGAGCCGGUGGUCAACGCCGUGUCCAUCCACCAGGUGAAGAAGCAGAGCCAGCUGUCCCUGUUGGACUACUUCCUGCAGGACCACGGUAACUACACCACAGAGGCCUUCCUGACCGCCCAGCGCAACUUCGUCCAGAGCUGCGCCGGCUACUGCCUGGUCUGCUACCUGCUGCAGGUGAAGGACAGGCAUAACGGGAACAUCCUGCUGGACGCCGAAGGCCACAUCAUCCACAUCGACUUUGGCUUCAUCCUGUCCAGCUCUCCCCGGAACCUGGGCUUCGAGACCUCGGCCUUCAAGCUCACCAGCGAGUUUGUGGAUGUAAUGGGUGGCCAGGACGGGGACAUGUUUAACUACUACAAGAUGCUGAUGCUGCAGGGCCUCAUUGCAGCAAGGAAGCACCAUGAGAAGGUGGUCCAGAUCGUGGAGAUCAUGCAGCAAGGUAGCUCCCAGCUGCCCUGCUUCCACGGCUCCAGCACCAUCCGCUACCUGAAGGAGCGCUUCCACAUGAACCUGACCGAGGAGCAGCUGCAGGUGCUCGUGGAGCAGAUGGUGGACGGGUCCAUGCGCUCCAUCACCACCAAGCUGUACGACGGCUUCCAGUACCUCACCAACGGCAUCAUGUGAACGACACACAGACACACACACACACACACACACACACACACAAGCGAGCCGGAUAGAACUUGUGUACACAGACUGAAGGAGACGGGAGAAGCAUACAGAUGACAGACUGCGCUUCUCCCGAUGCUGCCUUGUGUGUCUCAUCUCUGCCUGUGGACUGAGAGCUCGGCUGCACCCCCUGGGUUUGAACAGACCAGGUCCCAGCUGUGCAGUUCUCCUCAGCCCCACCUCCUCACAAUUUACCCCUCCCAUGUUUUUCACCUCAAGGCUACGAACCCCUUUCUCAUACACUUGUGGUUUAAUUGGCCUUUGAGGAACGUGUCCAUAGUCAUGUACCACUCAGGUCUUCAGUUUUACUCUGCCCUGGCCACUGCCCAUGUUCCUUGCCCCCCUGCAUGGCCCCUGCCUUUGGAGUCUUUCUCAUGGUGUGAAUUAUUUGGGUAUGGACUGUGCAUCAACUGUGCAGGUAUGAAAUGGUGGUCCUCAUCAUUCCUAGGGAAGUUUACAGGUGUCCAUCAAAGUGUCACUGCAGUGGAUCCGAGUCAGAACCAUGGUGAUAUGAGAGGACUGGUAAAAUCCAUGUGGGGCCACAGGAUUUGCCCAGCUUCCCCUUGUCCAGGGUCCAGUAUUCACAACAAGUGUGAUCAGAGAGCUACAGAGGUGUCAGUGCAAGCUUCAUAACAGAGUGACUCUGCCUUGACAAGUCCAAUCCAAUUCAGUGCAAGUGCACUGAAUUAUUUCUCCACUGAAUUCUGCAGUAUUGUUAAAGUCUGAUUUGGCAGUAGUGUUUUGGAGUCGUACUUUAAUCAGUAGGAACUGCAAGGUCUAAUGCCUUUCAUUCUAUAUUGCUCACACAGUGGUCUAGGUCUUUGGGUGGUUGGCAAGAGGAUGAGAAAGUAUAGGAAUAGGAACAAUUUAUUUCUUCCCUUACAAAGCUUUACAAAAUAAUUAGAACACUGACAGUACACGCAUCCUAUUGCAUAAUAGGUAUGAUGAAAAUGACUUCCAUUUCCAAUUAGUCCCCUUACGAAGAUUUACAAAAUAAGGAAAACACUUGCAGGAAUCCUAUUGUGCAAGAAGAGUAGAGUGUAGAGUUUUUAAAUUAAAAUGUGUUUUUAAGGUAUUGGAAGCACAAGAGUAAUCCUGAGACUAAUUCCUAUAACCCUUUUUGUAUAGACAUGUUAGUGGUCUAAUUUUGAUAUUUUUUUGCAUUUCAGGUACGUAGCAUCUGUUGUCAUGCUGAACUAGCCUAUAUAAUUGCAUUCAUAACAACUCAUGGAGUGUAGAACUAAGAGUGGUAAAAUGUAAUCUAAUGUAUAGAUUCAGCCAAAGAUCACUGCUGUCUUCUUGUUUGGUAGCUUAUGGAUGGUGCAUAUUGCACCACUUCCUACUGCCAGGUCUGGAUUUCAUAUGUAUAGAGAAUUUGAGCAGUGCUGUGGUUCUGGGCUUCUACCUGUCCUCAUAGAAACCCAUAUGAUGUUUGAGUUUGGUUCAUGAAAACAGUGAUGUUUAAAAGCACAUACUCGAUGGCAGGGGCUUUCAAGAUGAAGAGGGACAUUUUUGCACGCUCUGAGCCACAUUAAAUCUCACUGGGCUGAGAAACAAACAGGUAGCUUGGUUCUCUGAGGGUAGAAAAUGUGUUUUCCUUGUAUACCUAAUCCUGGAAAAGGCACAUUGACUAUAAAAGCAAAUGGACAUGACAAGUGAAGAAAUGCAUCGAUCACUUCAAGCUGAACUCGUGGAUGGGAAGACCAAAGUGUGAACAAUCUGUCAGGCUGAAGUUCUUUACACUUGUGUGGCGACAAAGGAACACGUCUGUCUUUGCCCCCCAUAACCCCUUCGGCCUCAUUCUCAAAUGUAUAAACCAAUUGACAAAACUAUUGGUAACUUUAGUUCAUACAAUCGUCAUGAUGGCAAUUAAACCACUAACUCAGAACAGCAGUGACGACAUUGAAGAAAUUAAGCUGCUGUUGCUUGUAUCUGAUCAGUUUGUGCUCUAGAUGCAGUGUAAACUCCCCUUGUAUUUGGGUAGGAGGAAGAUUUACGAUUUACCGUGGUAUUGUUUUACAAACCCAAGCUAGCCAAGAAAGAAAUGAAAUCCGCAAAAAAAGAAACAACCUGGAGCUGUACAUGUG